GGAAGCGUGCAUUCGCGGGAGGGGGGCAGCAACCCCCGGUGAAUGCUGCUUCCUUAUUGUACCUGCACUUAGGAGAUGUCAGACUGACAAGCGCGGCGCAAAUACGAGACGUACUGCAGUGGGGCAGAAAAUGCAUAACAUCUUUUUAUAUGGCACCUUGAAGAAGGGGCAGCCAAACUACCACAAAAUGACAGACCCUAAGCUUGGAAAAGCUGUAUUUCAAGGCACAGGCCAAACAGUAGACAAGUAUCCACUGGUCAUCGCAGAAAAAGCCAACAUACCAUUUCUUUUGAAUAUCCCAGGAAUUGGCCACCAUAUUGUUGGAGAGAUAUAUUUGGUUGAUGACCAGAUGCUACAAUUCCUGGAUGGGUUUGAGUGUUGCCCAGACAUGUACCAACGCACUGUUAAGAGGAUUGAAAUCUUGAAUUGGAAAGAUAGAGAUGAGUCACCUGAGGAGAGAACAGCUGGUGCCACCAUGGAGUGUUUUGUCUAUAGCACGACCAGCUACCGGCCUGAGUGGCUUAGUCUACCUCACCUUGACUGUUAUGAUUCCUUUGGGACACACGGCCUGUGUUAUGAUCAUCAUCUGGACACAUAACAAAUGUGGCCACAUCAACACAAUAGUCAUUUUUAUAUCUAAUUGUACUACAAUAAACUAAUUUAAAAUAUAUAUAAUUUUAAAGUAUUCCACAUGAAAUGCAUUUUCUGUGUAAAUUAUACAGGCUAUAAAUGCAACAUAUGUUGAUGUGACUGGUGUUUUGUUUCCUAGGUCAUAUAUUAGUUAUAAAAUAAAACAUUUUGAUUAUAAAUGAUUUGAAUCACAAAAUGUUAAAAAUCACUGGACUACCCCAAUGAUAUGUAUCGUCAUUACAACCUGAAGUUUCACCAAAUUUCUGUGUAAUCUGUGCUCAGACCUUUAUGAUUAUGCUACAUCAAUAAAUGCUCUCAUGAUAGGACCUAAACUCUGUCACCCCUGCAAAAUGACACCAGUAUAUGUUAAAGCAUUACACCAAAAGAUAUCCUAAAUAAUAAAAAAAAAUGUAAUUAC